UAUUAUAAUGCUCAAUUAUUAUUAUUUUUAAAUUAAACAGCUCAAAAGUAAAAUUUCAACUACCGAAUUGUGUCAUAAUAGCAGUACAUGUGAGAUAUAAACUUCAAUUUUCACCACAAUGGAUACUGACAAUCUAUCAAUUGAGUCACAACACAAACUGAUUGGUGAAAGCAGCUUAAAGUGUAAUGUGGAUGAUGUCAAUCAACUUCUAUCUAUAAAAAAACGUUUAUUAGAACAACCACGUAUUGAAAAAAGUGCGUCAUUAGCUGAAGCUGAAUGGGAUGAAGAUUUGAAAUUAGCAAAACUAACAAAAGUUACAAAAAAUCUUACCAAAAAUUUUUCACAUUCUUUUAAUAAGUCAUUGUAUUUAUACCCAGAAGAAUGUUUGUGUUUGCUAGAAAUGAAAUGUUUGGUACUAAAAUGGAAUGAAAGAAAACUGUCAAUUAAAAAUGCAUUUUCCUUAUUAUUGGCUGCAGGAACUGGUUGUACAUUUGAACAAUGUAGAACAUAUGGUUAUUUGGUUAAAUUAGGAUUUCGGGUAUUUAAGCAUAACAACAAAUUAAUAAACAAUACGCACGAUUCUAAAGAUAUAUCAAAACUUCCAGAUGUGUCAACUAAUAGAAAAAAACGUAAUGCAAAUUACAGAUCUACACAGACUGAAAAUAUUCCUAAAUUUUUCAAAAAAAUUACUUCUCCUAAACUCAAAACUUAUUUUGAGCUAAUCUAUACUCCUCAAUCACACUAUUUGCCACAAAACUUACAACCUGUUUAUGAUGUUUACUCAUACGAGCUGGCUGUAAUUUCUGGCAGUAUAAAUAUUAUAGAUCGUAGGUAUUUUGAAGAACAAAUAGGUUUAGAAAAUGUUGAAACAGAAAGCAUAGUAUAUGAAUCAAAACCUAUUGGAAUGUACCCUGUGUAUGAAAAAAACAUUCCUCAAACCAUAAAGUUAAAUGAUGAAAAUAUUUAUGAGCCUAGUGUAAAAAAAUUAAAACUCACAGAAAUUAAAAAUGUCCAAUCACUUAAUACUCUGAAUGUGUCAGCUACUAUUAAUAAUGAUAACUACUCAAGUGCAUUGCGCACUACAGAAAAUAUAACAACCAUUCAAGAUUGUGAAGAUUCAAAAAAUAAUAAAAUUAUGGACACUAAUGUGCCAGUUACUUUGAGUACUGAAAGUAACUUAACUCUGUCAAAUAAUAUUAUUAGUUCUACUAAUAGAUUGCUUGAUAAUAAAAACAAAGAAGAAAAUAAAAAUAUGUUUGAUGAAUUUUCGACAGCAACACAAAAUCUUAAUUCGAGUAGAGAAGAAAAAAAUGAAUCUGACUGCGAGCUACCAAAAUUUACACUAUCUGAUACUAUCCCUGAAGAAGAACUGCUUAAUAAACAUUUGAAUAUACCAACUCACAUUAGGCAGAAACUUUUGGCCAUAAAACCAUCAACUUGUCAUAAAGAAUCUAUAAAAAAUGCUAAUAACAAGUACUGUGUGCAUUAUGAUGUUUACUAUCCAGACAAUGAUGUUCCAAAGACAUCAAGACCUGCACCAGACUUUAGAGUUAUUGUUUUUGAAGAUGACUUAGAACAUUUUCCAAAUAUAUACGAGAUCAAUACUUCAAAUCCUCAUGAUAAUGUACCUACAUUAUGGGCCAUUGUAAAUUCAAGUUCAGUUUCAUUUUUCAGUGUAGAUAGUAUAAUCUUGCCAAAGACUACAGAUUGGGAUAAAAAAGAUGAUUGAUUUGAAAUCAAUUGUUCUAUAAUUUGUUUUAUUGUGUCGCUGAACUUUGUUAAUUGUGAAUAACACUAUAUUUUAUUCAUCAACUGUGUGACUGUACCAUUUUUGGUAUAAAUGAGUCAAUUAUUUUAUAGUUUUAUACUGUGUAUUUAUGCUUAUAAUAUACUCAUUAGUAUUUAAAACUAAAAAAUAUUUUAUUAUAUAUAUUAUAAUAAUAUAACAUGAUAUAAAAUGUUGCAAUAAAA